GCCGCCUUCGGUGUGCCCGAGGCGGAGCCAUGUCGAAGCGGCUGCGGAGCAGCGAGGUGUGCGCCGACUGCAGCGGCCCAGAUCCCUCCUGGGCAUCAGUAAAUAGGGGAAUUUUAAUAUGUGACGAGUGCUGCAGUGUCCACCGGAGCCUCGGGCGUCACAUCUCUCAAGUAAGGCAUCUGAAGCACACGCCGUGGCCUCCGACAUUGCUUCAGAUGGUUGAAACUCUGUAUAAUAAUGGUGCUAAUUCUAUCUGGGAACAUUCUUUGCUGGACCCUGCUUCCAUUAUGAGUGGGAGGCGUAAAGCUAAUCCACAGGACAAAGUACAUCCCAAUAAAGCAGAGUUCAUCAGAGCCAAGUACCAGAUGCUAGCAUUUGUACAUCGCUUACCUUGCCGUGACGAUGAUAGUGUUACUGCCAAAGACCUUAGUAAGCAACUCCACUCGAGUGUGAGGACAGGCAAUCUGGAAACAUGUUUGAGGCUGCUGUCCUUGGGAGCUCAAGCCAACUUUUUUCACCCUGAGAAAGGGAACACCCCACUCCACGUGGCUGCCAAAGCCGGGCAGAUUUUACAGGCUGAAUUGUUGGCGGUGUAUGGUGCCGACCCAGGCACGCAGGACUCCAGUGGGAAAACCCCCAUUGAUUAUGCAAGACAAGGAGGCCACCGAGAGCUGGCAGAGCGUCUGGUCGAGGUGCAGUACGAGCUCACGGACAGGCUUGCCUUCUACCUCUGUGGCAGGAGGCCAGAUCACCAAAAUGGACAGCACUUUAUCAUACCUCAGAUGGCAGACAGCAGCCUGGAUUUGUCUGAAUUAGCAAAAGCUGCUAAGAAGAAACUUCAGUCUCUAAGUAACCACUUGUUUGAAGAACUUGCCAUGGACGUAUAUGAUGAAGUUGACAGGCGAGAAACUGAUGCAGUUUGGCUUGCGACUCAGAACCAUAGCACUUUGGUAACAGAAACAACAGCUGUUCCCUUCCUUCCCGUGAAUCCUGAGUAUUCUUCUACAAGAAACCAGGGCAGACAGAAACUAGCCCGGUUUAAUGCUCAUGAAUUUGCUACACUGGUCAUAGACAUUCUGAGUGAUGCCAAGAGGAGACAGCAGGGGAACCCCAGCACUGGCUCAAAAGACAACGUGGAGCUCAUCCUAAAAGCCAUCGGCAGCCAGCCCAGUGUGGAGAGUCAAGAUAACGACCAGCCAGACUAUGAUAGCGUUGCCUCCGACGAAGAUCCCGAUUUGGAGACGACCAUGAGUAAAGGCAACAGGCAGAAGAGCCUAGAUUCCGACUUGUCAGACGGACCAGUCCCGAUACAAGAGUUCAUGGAUGUCAAAAAUGCUUUGGUGGCCUCUGAGGCAAAGAUCCAGCAGCUCAUGAAGGUGAAUAACAGCCUGAGUGACGAACUGAGAGUGAUGCAGAAAAAGCUUCUGACCCUCCAGAGCGAGAAUUCGACCCUCAGGAGGCAGGCCACCACCCAUCUCUGUCAGGUGGCACCUGGCUCUGAGUACCCAGACCCCUCCAGCCCUUCCUCCUUAAAGCGGCGUCCAUCCACCCGGGGCAGUAGACCCAUGUCCAUGUACGAGACUGGAUCAGGUCAGAAACCCUACCUCCCCCUGGGGGAAGUCGCCUACCCAGAAGAGAGCGUGUCGAGACUGCAGCCUUUCCCCCCGCACAUCGGGAGGAGCGCAUCUGUGACCUCCUCUUCAUCUCUGCCUUCCUUCCCCUCCACACUGUCCUGGUCCAGGGAUGAGAGCGCCCGAAGGGCUUCCAAGCUAGAGAAGCAAAACAGUGUGCCUGAGAGUGAUUACGACAACACCACCCCUGACUCUGAGCUGGACGACACAGGGUCAAGCAGAAAGGCAAGACAACGGAGCAUCAUUUGGCCAGGGGAAGGAGCCAUCCCUGAGGUGGGAGACCCCCAUGGCGUGUCGAGCUCCACCCUUCCAAGCACAGAAGAUGUCAUCCGAAAAACGGAACAGAUCACCAAAAACAUCCAGGAGCUCCUGAGGGCAGCCCAGGAGAAUAACCAUGACAGUUAUAUUCCAUGCUCGGAGAGGAUACACGUGGCCGUGACCGAAAUGGCAGCGCUCUUCCCCAAAAAACCCAAAUCGGACAUGGUGAGGACUUCCCUGCGGCUCCUGACAUCCAGCGCCUACAGGCUGCAGUCCGAGUGCAAGAAGACCCUGCCGGGGGAGUCGAGCUGUGCGGCCGACAUCCAGCUGGUCACCCAGCAGGUCAUUCAGUGCGCCUAUGACAUCGCCAAGGCGGCCAAGCAGCUGGUCACCAUCACCACCAAAGAGAACAACCACUGAGGCGGCUCGACGCGUCUUUACGGGAGACAUUUAGUGGCAGAGGAAACUUUUUAAAAUAAAACUCAGUAUUAUUUUUGCAUGUUUUCUAACAAAUUUUCAACUAUUAAUUUAACCCACUUGCCUUAUUUGGGCCUGUUUUGCCAGUUUAGUUACUGAUCCUGUGUAGUAAACAGCUCUUGCCUCGAUUGUCCAUGACGUGCAAAAGCCUCCCCUUUGUCGUCCUCCGCGCCUUCCCGUCUGGGCUGGAGAAAAGCGUGACAGGAAGCGCUUUAGGAAGGAAGCCGGAGGGGCCGGCAGGCGGAGGAAGGUCCUGGAAGGCCGGCAGGCGGCGCCGCGUCUCCCAUCUCGCCCUGCCCCUGGGGGCGUCCCGACGACAGGGUGCCGCCAUCUCUGGGCAUCGUGAGCUCUCACGGGGCCGGGCCGGAGCCUCCUCCCAGAGCAGACGUCGGCCCCCGGCGAGGGAAGCCGCCUCGGCCCUCCGGAGCCACUGACUGGCUCAGAAGUCGGCGCUUUGUCCCCCGCCACAGAGCUCCCCCUCAGGCCAGCCUGGGCUGCUUAACGGGGCUUCGAGCCGCCUUCCGCGUGGCCCCGGGAGCCGGCCUUCGUUCCUGGACGGCCGUACGGCCAGCCUUGUCGUUCUUCAGGAUGGAGACCCGCUUGUCCUGGUGCAGAGGGAGCCAUGGAGGAACCCUAGAGGCCAGCCGGCUCCCUCCCCCACGCGGGCCUCCGAGCUCGUCCCUGUGCUUUGUGGGUGUCUUUUCAUGAACGUGUCUGUGGCUCUGGCCGUGCCGGUGCUCCGGGGCGUCGCCGGUCGGGCCCCCCAGAUUGGCCCUCUGGAGGAGGUGUGUGUGGGCGGAGGCGGGCCCACUCCUUGUCCUUCGUGUCCGUGUUUGCUUGCCACCAAGUGCCAUAACGUCAUCUGGGGCCCCCGCUGCCGGCUCUGCCUUAGCCGGGCCUGCCCGGGAGCUCGCUGCCCUCCCACACCUUUGCUGGAGGGAAUGCUGACCGCAUGGGAUCGGCACCGCCAACCAGUGCCCGGCGGAAGCGAGGACGGUCUGUUGGGGAGCUCGUCUCCGUGGCCGCUUGGUGGCGGCCCGAUGGAGGAAGCGGCCGUGCCCAGGCGGUGCCAAGACGCCCCCAGAGGAAGUCUUCUUGGUUUGCCUCAAAGGCCUCCCUCCAGGCUUGGCCUCGGCACCAAGUCUCGAUUCCGAGGCACGAGAGCGGUAACGUGACUUGCCCAGGGUCACACCAGAGAGUCUCUUCUCUAGCAUGGCGUCCCCUGGGCCCCCUCCCCGAGGCACGCCGGUUCUGGGGGCUCCUCAUCUGGGUCCCCCUCUGCCCGUGGUGGGCCGCGGGGUUUCUGAGGCUCCGUACAUUGCCGUGUCUGUUUUCACUCUUCUACAGCCUACGUCGGCCCGCUCCUGGCCCCCCUCAGCUGGGCCCUCGGAGGCGGCGCUCGGGAGGGCCACCAUUUCUGAAGGGAUCCGUGGCAGGAACUCAGAGGAAACCCUUUGUUCUUCCUGCAGCCGCAGCCGUGAGCUUCCAGUCGGUCCAUCUCUGUUUCCCUCCUUGUCCUGGUUGAAGUGAAAUCCUUUUCUUUUCCAAAAUGCUGCAUAGGAAAAACAAAACAAAAUGCCUUUUUAUUGAAAAAUGUAUUGAUGGGUGUCCCUUCUCUUCUGUCCUGACGAUCUGCCUUUGUUGUACAUUCUCUCCUUGUGACUAUUGUACAACCCUUUGAGUGUUGUAAAAUUGUUUGGGAUUCCGUGCCUGCUUGUGACGCAAUAAACAGGCUUUACAGAC